CGCUUUUUCUCCGAUUGAUUGAUCAUCAUCCUCCAUCAUCCAUCAUCAUCAUUAUCAUCAUCCUCAUCCUCAUCGUCAUCGUCUUCGUCUUCGUCGUCGUCAUCGUCAUCGUCGUCAUCGUUGUUGUUGUUGUUGUUGUUGUUAUCCUCCUCCUCAUCAUCAUCGUCCUCAUCAUCGUAGCGAAAGAGAAGUGCAUUAAGGUUUGUUCUUCUUCUCCGAACGACAAUGGUAGAACGCGUAAGAAAGGAUGAUGAGGAUAUGGUGGAUGCAGCUGAAAUGGUAGGAACGGAUGAUGACAGGCAUGAGGUGAGGGAAGCUCGUGGUGCUGUUGAUCGCAUUCCUACAGCGGUUGGAGCCGCUGGAGAUCAUCUCCUCCUUGUCGAGCAGUAUCGAGGCUUUGAUGCCGAUCUCAUGCGAAUGUACUAUGCCAGAUUGUUUCCCUAUCAGGAGAUGUACAAGUGGCUUUCCUACGGGCAUGAUCGGAAACAUCCGCAGUCGGACAUGUCGUUUUUUGCGCGGAGGGAGUUCUCCUUCACCCUUGACAACGAUAUCUACAUCCGAUACCAGUCGUUCAAAAACUGCAACGAUAUGGAAGCUGCUAUACGAGACAAAUGCCCCUUCAAGAUCGACAUUGGAGCGGUGUUCAAUUUCGAUCCGUCGAAACGACAACUGUAUCAUCGGGCCGGGUCGGAGAAGACAUUCGCACCCGUGGAGCGCGAACUUGUCUUCGACGUCGAUAUAUCCGAUUACGACGACGUGAGGGUCUGCUGCAAAGGUGCAGACGUCUGCAAUCGCUGCUGGCCGCUCAUGACCGUCGUAAUACGUGUGCUGGACACAGCAUUGCGCGAGGACUUCGGGUUCAUGCACAUUUUGUGGGUGUACAGCGGGCGCCGUGGCGUUCACUGCUGGGUGUGCGACCCGAGGGCACGCCGACUGGGUAACGACCAGAGAAGCGCGAUCGCUGAGUACUUCCGAGUUUACAAGGGUUCUGAGAACAAUGCUGUAAAAGUAGCCCUUCCCGGUCCGUCGUUGCACCCCAGCCUCAGUCGCGCGUACGAGCAAGUCCUCGAACGUUUCUUUAUCGAAUUGAUAUUGCCAGGACAAGAGCUGCUGGCUGACAAGGAAAGUUGGGAGAAAGUUCUUUGCAUGAUCCCCGACAACGACGUCAGGAACCAGUUGCGCAUCAGGUGGAGCAGCCGACGACAACCGAAUGGCGAUGUCGACGUGAAUGUGCAGAGGUGGAAAGAUCUUGAGAAGUGUGUCAAAGCCUCUAAGGUCAAGACCCACGGGAUGCGAAGAUGCUUAGACGAGAUUAUUUUUGUGUACACGUACCCCAGGCUCGACUUUGAGGUGUCGAAGAGCAUGAACCAUCUUCUCAAGGCACCCUUCUGUGUGCAUCCGAAAACAGGCAGGGUGUGCGUUCCAAUCGAUCCUCAAGCGUGCGAGGACUUCGAUCCCACGACCGUCCCAACAGUUUCACAGUUGCUGAAUGAGCUCAACACUGCUUGCGCCGAGGAAACCGCCGGCAAGACGGUGGAGAGCGUUAAAGAUUUUGAACGAACAUCGAUGCGAGAAGCAGUGGAGAUCUUCAGGUCGACGUUUCUCGAUGGCUUGUACAAGUCCUGCAGGGCGGAACUAGAUGCUGCACACAUCGCAAAGGUUCAAGCGAGUUCUGAGCUCCUUAAGCUGGCAUGGUAAACAAACACCAAGCAACUUCAAAGUUUAAACCAUCGCUUACAGGGUUUUGCU